GGGAGAACUCGAUAGCUACAGACCGUGAAGUCUUUCGGUGCGUGAAGGAGUGAACAAGUCGCUGUAGACAUCAAAAAUGGCAGAGAAUCAGGAAGUCACUCCGCUUGAAAAGAAGGUGGCCGAGCAAAUUGAGUAUUACUUUGGCGACCACAAUCUUCCAAGAGACAAGUUCCUGAAAGAGCAGCUCCAGUUGGAUGAUGGAUGGGUGACACUUGAAACCAUGAUCAAAUUUAACAGACUCAAGUGUUUAACAACAGAUUUCAACAUCAUUGUUGAGUCAUUGAAGAAAUCAAAAACCGGCCUUCUGGAAAUCAGUGAAGACAAGACGAAAAUCAGGAGGUCUCCAGACAAGCCCCUCCCAGAAGUGAAUGACGAAUACAAAGAUGCCCUCAAACACAAAUCGGUCUACAUUAAAGGCUUUCCGACAGAAACCACACUUGAUGAAAUUCAGGACUGGCUGAAGGGAAAAGGCACAGUUGAAAGUAUUCAAAUGAGAAAAAAUCUACAAAAGAUGUUCAAGGGGUCUGUAUUCCUUGUUUUGGAGUCGGAAGAAUCUGCCAAGCAGUUUGUUACACGUCCUGACCUGAAAAAAUUCAAAGAGAACGAAAUGAUUGUCCUUCUAAAAGAUGAAUACAUUGCAAAGAAAGCUGAGGAAAGGAAACAGUUCCGAGCAGAGGCAAAGGCCAAAGCCAAACAGGAGAAAGAGGAGAAGCAAAAACGGGCAGAGGAUGAGGAAAUGAAGUCCCUGGAUGAACAGACGGGCUGCCUGCUGAGAUUUUCAGGCGACCUUCAGCAGACCUCCAGAGAGGACUUUCAUGAAUUGUUUUCAGGGCAUGGUCAAAUCAAAUGGAUUGAUUUCACUCGGGGUGCCAAAGAGGGCACUAUUCUUUUCAAAUCGAACGCUAAGGAAAUACUUGAUAAAGCCAAAGAGGCCAACGGAGGAGACUUGAAAAUAAACAACAAAGAAGUGAAGUGGGAGGUGCUGGAGGGCGAUGUGGAGAAGGAAACCCUGAAGAAGAUCAUUGAAGACCAACAGGAAUCGCUCAACAAGCGAAAAGGCAAAGGGGGCCGGAAAUCUGGAGGUCGAGGGAGAGGUGGACGAAGAGAAAGAGGCGGAAGAGAUCAGGGCAAAGUACAGUACCAGGGCAAGAAGACAAAGUUUGACAGUGAUGAAGAGGAUGAAGCACCUUCAAGCCCAAAGAAGAGGACCCUCGAAGAAGGAAAUGGGAAUGAUGCUGGAGAACCAGCCGCAAAACAAGUGAAAACUGAAAACGGCUCAGAGAAAUGAAGCCCUACUGCACCAUCACAGUAAACUUUUAUUUGAAAUAUAUGUAUUUUAAACACUGCUUGAAUCCAUUCCAGUUAUGGCUUCAUGUAAUGGAGAAUCUUAUGAAGUCCACCUCGAUGUCAACCUACAAUUAGAAUGUAAAGACAGAUUGUGGUCAUUUGUCUCCAUUUGAUUUGCUGUGCAUGUCAAAAUGCAAAAAUGGCAAAUAUAGAAUUAACUCACGAUAUAUGAUAGAUUUGUUUUUGGGUAUUUGGCCAGAUUAUAGGUAUCUGUAACAGCAGUGUAAACUCUGAGAACACAUCCUCUGUGGGUGUAAAUACAUUCUUAUUUCUGUUUUGCUAGGCAAAUAUUGUAUUAGGAAAGCCUCUAAAUUUUAACCCAUUGGAUUCAAACCAAGAGCAUCAGUGGUGCAAAUCUGUUGUAACUGCUUUCUUUCAAAAGUGUGCCAUUUUCCCAUUUCCAUGUAUAAAUAUUUUAAAUUUUGUGUUAUGGUUUUGCUUUAAAAAAAACAUUUGUUCCUUUCUCUACCUUCUGCCUUGUGUUAAACAAAUAAAAUUUGAUUUUUAAAUUAGUAGUUACUGCAUGCUCUCAUUACACCAAAGCAUACUGGACAAAACGGUUCACUCCCAACAACUGU